UGUGUGUGUGUGUGUGUACCCGCAGGAGUUGUGUGUUCAGGCUCACGAGCAGCAGCAGCGUUCAGUCGUGCAGAGAUCUAAGCAGCACCGCCAACACCACUCCGCACAGCUGAAGCGAGAGAGGAGGAGAGCUGAGGAAGAGCAGAUGAAGCAAUGGGUGGAGAACGAGAGCAAAGAUGCUCAACAGAGUGCGCUGCUUCAGAGAGAGGCAUCAGGCAUUUACAGACGGCUCAUGUGAAGCCAGUGUCACAUGACUCCAGCAGAGAUGACUCCUCCCAGCCCCUGUCAAUCAUCAGCCUGGGGCCACAAAGCUCCACCCCCCACAGGAAGAGGCGGAGUCAGAAGCAGCCUGACAUACCAGUGCAGAUUCUACUGCCGCCUGGAUCGGCAUCAGCACAGCCAGACCAGACGCCUCCUGCUCCUCCUCCACCUUCUAAUCCUCCUCCUCUUCUUCUUCCUCCUUCUAAUCCUCCUCCUCUUCUUCCUCCUCCUCCUCCUCCUGCUCCUGCCCCACUCAUCAGUGUGAAACUGCCCGUCCAGAACACUCUAGAACAAAAUGCAGGAUCGAUGGACGAGCUGUUAGCGUCGCUGCAGCGUGGACAGACGCAGCUGCGGAAGGUCACGGUCAGCACAGAGAGCGGCGACGUCAGGAACAGCCUGCUGUCAGCCAUCCGUCAGGGAGUCACCCUGAAGAACGUCCCGCCCUCCAGCAGCCCCACGCACAGCUCCGACUCAGAGCUCGAGCGAAGCAUCCAAGCCGCCAUGAUGAGGAUGAAGAAGGUGUCUAAUGACUCUGAUGAUGAAGAGCCAUCUGGAGACUGGGAGAGUUAGACGCGACCAUCUGUGAUUCACAAAUGCUGCUGCUGCUGCUGCUGCUGCUGGACUGGACUGAUGGCUGUGAACCCAACGCUGUUUCAGCCGCCAUUAAUGAUUGUCAUGGCUAACUUCCUUUGCCAAACUUUGGGUUUUUGCACUGAAAUAUCUGGUCGUAGGACUAUAUACUUAAUUUUCCAUGAAUAUACAGCCAAUGGCACUGAAUACUAGAAAUGUGUGAAUAACAUCUGUCUCUCUGAUUUGAUCUGUGAACGCUUUCAUUAAAGUGCCUGAUCAGGAUUGGAGCAUCUGUCUGUGUUUGAGGGAAAGUCUGUGACUUACCCAGAAUGCUUUUCUUUUCUUGGAAAUCUUGAUAGUAUCAAAGUCUGGACCAGUGAUUCUCAAACUGUGCUAAACUCAACACGAUUAUG